AUGGAUCCCCGUUAUAGUGCUCAAGACAUCAUAAGAUGUGAUCUUUGCGAGAUUCAUGUGGUACAAAGUCAUUGUGAGCUCUGUCAAGUCAAUUUAUGUAAGAGCUGUGUAGGUGAGCAUCUUUCUACUUCAACAAAAACACACAGAGUCGUGCCAUAUAAAGAUAUUGCCUUGACUCGUAAGUUCCCAAAAUGUAAAAUGCAUUCAAAAAUUUGCGAACUUUUCUGUGAGAAAUGUAAUAUUCCUGUCUGUUCAUCCUGUCUCACCUCAGGUAAACAUAAGGGACACCAUAUAUCAGAUAUUUUACAAAAACUCAGUACCAAAAGAAAAGACAUUGAAAAAGAAUUAAAAGAACUUGAAACAAUAAUUUUCCCAAAAUAUGAAAAAAUUGCCCUAGGCAUUAACACAAAAAAGAGCAACUUGGAAACGCACUACAGGAAAGAGACCGCAGCCGUCAUCAAACAAGGAGAAAAUUUGAACAGAGUAAUUGACAUCAUUGUCAAUAAACGGAAAUCUGAAAUUGAUGUGGUCAAAAAUAUAAACCUGGCUGCCCUAAAUAAACAGGAAAACUGUAUCACAAAAAUUACUUUAGAAGUGCAACAAACUAUUGUUUACCUUAAGAAAAUUCUUCAAUCCAGUGAUAUCUUCGCACCCUCUAAAAUUAAAUCCACAAAUGUCAAAUUCAGACUUUUACCUUUAGAAGUCAAUGUCUCAUUACCAAUCUUCUCUCCCUGGAAGAUCAGCACAAAACAGCUAGAUCAAAUGUUUGGUUCUCUCUCGGUAUUUUCAAUUUCAAAAGAGGAACAUGGUCGCAUAUUGGACACACCUAAUGUUGCAUCCUCUCCUACGGCAAAACAACUACCAGUGCUGGAAGAACCAAAAAUCAUCAGCACAAUUUAUACUGGGAAUAGUCUUCAUAGUGUAGCCUGUUUCAUUGAUGAAGAAAUAUGGACAAGUGGGAACGGCUGUAUCAUGAGACUCUACAACCUGCAUUGGAACCUUUUGAAAUCAAUUAACUCCAAGUCAAGGAACAGUCCAGGUGACAUAGCAGUGAUGAGGAACGGGGCUCUAGUUUAUACGGACACAAAUGCAAAAACUAUCAAUGUUGUGACUAAAAAGAAGAUAGAAGAACUUAUCAGAUUCCAAGGAUGGAAACCUGAUUCUGUCUGUAGUACCUCCUCUGGUGACCUCCUGGUUACUAUGGACAGUGAUGACGGAGAAAAUUCAAAAGUUGUCCGUUACUUUGGAUCCACAGAGACACAAACCAUUCAGUUUGAUGAUAAAGGUCACUCUUUCUAUUCAUAUGGUCACAGUAAAUAUAUCUGUGAGAACAGAAAUAUGGAUAUUUGCGUGUCUGACUACGGAGCCAGUGCAGUUGUAGUGGUUAAUCAGGCAGGAAAACUCCGAUUUAGGUACACUGAUUCAAAUGCAUUAAAUUUUGCUCCAAGGGGCAUAGCAACAGACAGCCAGAGUCAGAUCCUGAUAGCAGAUUGUGAAAAUCACUGUAUCACUAUCCUCAAUCAGGAUGGAAAUCUCCUUUCCUACAUCAAUAACUGUGAUGUAUAUCUUCCGUUUGGUAUAUGCAUAAACUCCAAAGACAACCUUGUUUUGGCUGAGUUAAGCAGUGGUGUGGUAAAGAUAAUUAGAUACAUGUAA